CUACGACCAUUACCCAAACUUCGUUUUACCUCUGUACGCAUUGCGUCCGUUGUCCUUCGCAACUUACUAUAAAGUUCUCCAGUUCUGUAGGUUUGAUAUCAUUCAGUGCAUCAGCAUCUAAGUGACAACAACAAACAUGUUCAAAUACUUCGUAUUCAUCUGCAUGAUGGCGGUGGCUUUUGCUGACCCCAAGCCUGGUGUGCUGUACAGCGCGGCAUACACAGCGCCAGUAGCUGCGGCGUACACCGCUCCCGUGGUGUCGGCCGCGUACACCGCACCCCUCGCCUACUCCGCGUACUCCGCACCCCUCGCCGCGUACUCCGCCUACCCCUACGCCUCACCCUACGCCGCCUACUACCUGCGCAAGUGAAAUGGACAAACACUCUGACCCUACGAACAUAUUGGAUAUGAUGAACAUUAAAAUAUAGCAGAAGAAAAUAAUAAAGUAUAGCUUCGAUCACAAUUUGUGUGUUUUCUAA